UAUUCCCCCACCCAUGCCUUAUCAGAAAAACCCUAAACCCAUUCACACUCUCUCUCUCCACAGUCCACACCGAUCUUCUCCAAAUUCUCCGACGGGCGACGCUAUCACUUUCUCUUUCCUAUAUCAAUUGAUAUAAGAUUAGCGAGGAUGACGCUAGGGUUGUUAUCGGCGAUUGGAAGAUCUUUCCGACGGAAGAGAGCGUCCUCACUUGAUAUUCUCUCCCCCAAGCGAGCUCCAAGAGACUUUUACAAGGGCAAAAACUGCAAAUCUACUGGUUUCCACACCAAAAAAGGAGGAUAUGUUGUGCAGCCAGAUAAAUUGCCAAACUACGUGAUCCCUGAUCUGACCGGCUUUAAGCUGAAACCAUAUGUAUCUCAGUGUCCUGUAGAGGUCAACAAAACAACUGGGUCAACUGAAGCUUCCAAGUGAAGAAGUCAGAAGAAAUAUGUUCCGAGUCUUCAUAAGUUUAAUAAGCAAUGUGUUCUGAGAAAUUCGUAUUCUCUAGUCUUUAAUCCUUUUUUUUUCAAGGACUUCAUGCAAGUUGUCACAACUUUUAGGUUAUGAUACAUAUAAGGAUUGCUUUAGAGCCA